CUCACCUUGACCAGCAAGCCCAGCUCACCACAUACGCUCCUACUGCCAGCAACCUCUUUUUCCUGCUGAGAGACAAUAUCCUUCCAUACAAACGCUACAAACGCCUACGCAAUGUCAUUAUCCAACGAACAAGUUCAGGCCGAAAUGCGCAAGAUGAUUAGCUUCAUCAAGCAAGAAGCUUUAGAAAAGGCCAAGGAGAUCCAUACGCUCAGUGAAGAAGAGUUUCAACUGGAAAAGGAAAAGAUUGUACGUCAACAGUGCUCCGCCAUCGACGAGGAAUUCGAUGGAAAGAUGAAGAGAGCUGCUAUGUCUCAAAGAAUUGCUCGUUCGAACGUUCUGAACAAGAGUCGUCUUGAGAUUUUGAACACACGUGAAUCUGUCAUGGACGACAUCAUGAACACUGUUUGCAAGAAGCUUGAGGGUAUUGAGAAGAUCGAAGACAAGUACGUCGCUUUUCUGCGUGAUUUGAUUGUGCAAUCAAUGCUUUCUCUCAACGAGAAGAUCGGUAUCGUUUGUGGUCGUAAGGUGGACCUUCCUUUGAUCGAGAAGGCUCUUCCAGAAGCCGUUGAGCUUUACGAAAAGGCCUCUGGCCUUACAGGCGUGCAAUUGGCCGUCGACGAGGAAGAACCUUUGGAUGAUGACUGCUUGGGCGGUGUCGUCGUUUUGGGAUUCCAAGGCAAGAUUCGUUCUGUAAACACAAUCAAAGCACGUCUGGAGCUUAUUAAGGAGCAGGCUCUUCCUCAAAUUCGUGAAAUCUUGUUCGGCAAGAACCCUCACCGCACGUUUUUGGACUAAAUUGGCCAUUGAGGCAACCACCGGACCGAUUACACGCAAGUCGCAGCAAACUUUUGUACCUCGGGUCGUUUAGGGGCGGACUCGUACUGCAAAAACGCUGUUCAUUACUACUUCGCUUCUGAGUGAGCCGAGUGCCUGCAGUCCUCAUCACUACUGACCGCACAUAAUUAGGAAAUCAUUGCACGACUUGCGAUGUUUUUUUUUACAGAGCUAGGCUCCUCAAAGCUCGCUCUCGUUCUUUUACCGCGUGUUCUCUCGCUCUCUUUUAUACACUCACUCUCUAUUUCUCAUAUAUCUCCACACAUGUGAGACCUUGAGCAUUUUUCCCGAUAUAUGUAACCCCUAAUAAUCUCCAACAAUACGAAUCCGUAAUUAGUUUUUUGUACACACAACGAGGCAAGCAAAGAAGAGGUGAGCGACAGAA